AUGGAGCUCAUCAUGUCUCCCAACAAUGUGACCGAAUUCAUUCUCUUGGAACUCACACAGAAUCCACAUUUGCAGAAAAUAUUCCUCAUUGUUUUUUUGUUGAUUUUCCUAUUCACUGUGCUCGCCAACCUGCUCAUUGUCAUCGCCAUCUCCUUCAGCUCUACACUUUCGGCUCCUAUGUACUUUUUUCUCACUUACUUGGCCUUAUUAGAUGCCUCCUUCACCUCUGUCAGCACCCCCAAUAUGAUCACUGACCUGCUGUACCAGAGGAGAACCAUUUCUUGGGGUGGCUGUCUGACUCAGCUCUUUUUAGAACACUUCCUGUCAGGAUCAGAGGUCAUCGUCCUCACUUUUAUGGCCUAUGACCGCUACAUGGCCAUCUGCAAGCCUCUGCACUACACGACCAUCAUGCGACAGGGGCUCUGCAAGCUCCUGGUGGUGGUGGCCUGGAUCGAGGGGAUUCUGUAUGCCAAUGUGCAGAUUCUCUUUAUGGAUGACAUGACCUUCUGUGGUUCCAAUGUCACUGACCAUUUCAGAUGUGAUUUUUCCUCACUGUUGAAACUUGCCUUCAGCGACACAUACAUGCUGGGAAUGGUGGUGGCAACUAACAGUGGAGGCAUGUGUUUACUCAUAUUUUUCCCGCUCCUCAUCUCCUACAUCAUCAUCUUGAGCUCCCUGAAAUCCCAUGGCUCUGAUGGACGAUGCAAAGCCCUCUCCACAUAUGGCUCCCACUUUAUAGCAGUUGUGCUCUUUGGUAGCUUCUGCUACUAUGUGAACUCAGGUCCUAUUCAGACUAGAUGA